CGACAGCCCAGCCUGCCCGCACAAGGUUGAGGGCCACUUGGGGCCCACAACUCCUGCUCCCAGAAAGCUUUGCGUUUCCCCCGGAAUAAAGAGCCUUUGAGCUGAGGAGCCCCGCCCCGCCCGCGUAGGCCCCUCCCACGGGCGCAGGCCCCUCCCACGGGCGCAAGGCCGGGGCGGCAGUGGGCGUGUCCCCAGCGACUGCGCCCGCGGCCGGGGGCGGGGCCUGGCCGGCGCGCGGAGCUACGAGGCGGAGAGGCAGGCUAGCUCCGCGCGCAGGUGGCUCCUCCUCCGCCUCUCCUGAGCUUCUGGCACCGUGCAGGCCUGCAAGGGAGUGCCUUUGUGCCGGGCUCCGGGAACCCGCGACGGCUGCUGCGCUCCUGGAUCCAUUGUUUCGCUUUUCGGUCUCUUCCGGGCAGGUGCCGGCGGCGCGCGGGGUCCUCACGUGCCGCAGCGGCUGCUGGAGCGCUGGAACCCGCGGGCGCCGGCUGGGGCGUCCCUGGGCGCGCGGCGGGAGAUGAAGUACCUGAAGCCGUGGUGGUCCGACGGCGGCGGCCUCCUGCACCUCACCAUCCUGCUGAGCUUGGCGGGGCUCCACCUGGAUGUGGAACUGGACCUCUACCUGCUGCUCCCACCGCCCACUCUGCUCCGGGAUGAACUGCUGUUCGCAGACAGCCAGACGAAUCCCGCAUAUGCGCUCAGCUCCUUCCCGGCCUCGGGAGGGUGGGGGCGCGCCGACCACCUUCACCCCAAAGGCCGGGAACCGGAGCCGGAGGGCCAGCUGCUCCGGGAAGUGCGCGCGCUGGGCGUCCCAUUCAUUCCCCGUACCCGCGUGGAUGCGUGGCUGGUUCACAGCGUGGCGGCCGGGGACGCCGACGGAGCCCACGGGCUGCUCGGCGCCGCCGCCGCCUCGUCGGCAGGAGGAGUCGGCGCCAGUGCGGACGGCGGCAGCCAGGCUGCGCCGGGAGGUGGCGGGGACCCCCGAGCGUCUCCGAGUAGUCCUUUGGCUGCUGGGGAGGAGGAGAAGGCACCGGCGGAACCGACGGCUCAAGUGCCGGACGCCAGCGGAGGCGCGAGCGAGGAGAAUGAGGUACUAAGAGCUAUGGGUCACAGUUCCCUGCAUGAGGAAAAUGAGCAAAGAGUGUCAGCCCAGAAGGAAAAAUCACUCCAGGAGAAUGAAGAUGAAAAUAAAAUAGCUGAUAAACCUGAGUGGGAGGCAGAAAAGACCACUGAAUCUAGAAAUGAGAGACAUCUAAAUGCGACCGACACAUCUUUCUCUCUGGAAGCCUUUUCUCAGUUGCUUUCAUCACAGCCUGAAAAUUCACCCGAGGGCAUCUCACUGGGAGAUAUUCCUCUUCCAGGAAGUAUCAAUGAUGGCAUAAAUUCAGCACAUUAUAACAUCAAUUUUAGCCAGGCUAUCAGUCACGAUGUGAAUCUUCACGAGGCCAUGUUGCUGUGUCCUGACAGUACAUUUAGAAGAGAUCCAAUAGCGAGGACUUCACAGCCCCAAGAACCGUUUCUACAGUUCAAUUCUCUUAACACCAAUCCUGAACAGACCCUUCCUGGAACUAAUCUGACAGGAUUUCUCCCACUUCCUGACCAUCAGAUGAGGAAUUUAACAAGCCAAGACCUGUAUGACCUUGAUAUGAACAUAUUUGAUGAGAUAAAUUUAAUGUCUUUGGCUACAGAAGGUUUUGAUCCAAUGGAAGUUUCUCACCUUUUUGAAGAACCAGAUUCUGAUUCGGGGCUUUCUUUCAAUUCAAACCACGAUAGCCCCUCUAUCACCAAGUCUAAUUCUUCUGUGUGUGAAGGUGCUAUAGGUUCUAGUAGUGAUGUUGAAUCGCUUUCCCACCAUGCCUUAGAAGGCGCUGUAGGAGGCUACUGCCCAGAGUCCAGUAAGCUUUGUCAAGUGGAUCAUAGGAGUGGUUCUGGUUUCCAUGGGGACCUUGCAUUUCAACAUAUAUUCCAUAACCACACUUACCAUUUACAACCAAGUACAUCAGAAUCCACUCCUGAAUAUUUUUCAUGGCCUGGGAAAUCACAAAAAGUAAAAAGUAGGUACCUGAAUGACACCAGUUUAAGCCGUGAUGAACGCCGUGCUAAAGCUCUACACAUCCCCUUUUCUGUAGAUGAAAUUGUCCGCAUGCCUGUUGAUUCUUUCAACAGCAUGCUAAGCAGGUACUACCUGACAGAUUUACAGGUAUCACUCAUCCGUGAUAUCAGACGAAGAGGGAAAAAUAAAGUUGCUGCUCAGAACUGUCGUAAGCGCAAACUGGACAUAAUUUUGAAUCUAGAAGAUGAUGUAUGUAACUUGCAAGCAGAGAAGGAGACUCUCAAGAGAGAGCGAGCCCAGUGUAACAAAGCUAUUAACAUAAUGAAACAGAAACUGCAUGACCUUUAUCAUGAUAUCUUUAGUAGGUUAAGAGAUGAGGAAGGUAGGCCGGUCAAUCCAAACCAAUACACUCUUCAAUGCAGCCAUGAUGGAAGUGUUUGGGUUGUACCCAAGGAACUGGUGACCUCAGGCCACAAAAAGGAAAACCAAAAGGCAAAGAGAAAAGGUGAGAGAAGAAAUUGAAAAUGGGUCCCCCAUUAAUAUGUAUAAAAUGGUGAUGUUCAGAAGAAAUAUAUGGUCACAAACCAAUGAAACUUCUUAGUUCAAGUGUUACAAAAAUCAAGUACUGCAAGAUCAGCCUUGUGGGAAAACUGGGGAAAGCCACUUUUCAUGAAGUCCUACAUUAUGUACACAAUUCAUAAAUAUGUACAAAUAGGAUGAAAAUUUGGUUAUGACUCCACUUUGGUAGUAAUUUUUUCUUAAGAUGGUUACAACAAAGAGCAAACAAUGUAUUAUUUUAAAAAUGUAUUUCAAGGGCCAGCAGAGUGGCUCAGUUGGUUAAGAGCUUGCUCAAGAGUGA